CUGGCCCUGCUGGCCCUGGCCCGGCAGCCCCCCGAGAAGCCGUCGGCCGCCCCCCUGCUCACCCGCCGGCCCUUCCUGGUGGCCUGGAACGUGCCCACCCAGGACUGCAAGCCCCGCUUCCACGUGUCCCUCGACUUCAGCAUCUUCGACCUGCAAGCGUCCCCCAACGAGGGCUUCGUGGGGCAGAACAUCACCAUCUUCUACAAGGAGCGCCUGGGGCUCUACCCCUACUACAACAGCCAGCGCGUGGCCAUCAACGGCGGCGUCCCCCAAAACAGCAGCCUGUCCGAGCACCUCGCCCGGCUCCAGGACGGCAUCAGCAAGUACAUCCGCUCGCCCACCAAGGAGGGGCUGGCCAUCAUCGACUGGGAGGAGUGGCGGCCCAUCUGGGCUCGCAACUGGAAACCCAAGGACAUCUACCGGGAGGUAUCGCAGCAGCUGGUGUACCAGCGGCAGCCGACGUACCAGCGGCAGCCCACCUGGUCCCGCGAGGAGGUGAACAAGCAGGCGGUGUUCGAGUUCGAGUCGGCCGCCCGGCAGUUCAUGGUGCGCACGCUGCGUGUGGCCAAGAGCUUCCGACCCAAGCAGCUCUGGGGGUUCUACCUCUUCCCCGACUGCUACAACCAUGACUACAGCAAGAACAAGGAGAGCUACACCGGGCAGUGCCCGGACGUGGAGAAGACGCGCAACGACCAGCUGGCGUGGCUCUGGAAGGAGAGCAUGGCCCUCUACCCCUCCAUCUACCUCGACCUGCUCCUGGCCUCCACCCCCAACAGCCGCAAGUUUGUGCGAGCGCGGGUGAUGGAAGCCAUGCGCAUCUCGCAGCAGCACCAUGAUGGCUACUCUCUGCCCGUCUUUGUCUACACCCGGCCCACCUACAUCCGCAAGCUGGACGUGCUCAGCCAGCCGGACCUGAUCUCCACCAUUGGAGAGAGCGCGGCGCUGGGUGCAGCUGGGGCCAUCUUCUGGGGCGACGCGGACUACACCAAAAACCGGGACUCGUGCCAGAUCAUCAAGAACUACCUGGAGGGUGACCUGGGCCGUUACAUUGUGAAUGUCACGACGGCAGCGCAGCUUUGCAGCACGGUGCUGUGCCAGGGUCGGGGCCGCUGCCUGCGCCAGGACAGCACCGCCGAUGUCUUCCUCCACCUCAAUUCUACCAGCUUCCAGCUGCGGCACCGGGACGAGGACCACCCCCAGCACCCCCUCUUCUGGGCCGAGGGCCAGCUGUCCUCAGCUGACAUCCUCUUCCUACGGACCCACUUCCACUGCCACUGCUACCAAGGUUGGCAGGGCAGCGGCUGCCAGGUGCCUGCUGGCCCCCGCAGCGAUGCCCCUGACUCCCUGGCACCGCUGGGACUUGGGGUGCUGUUGCUGCUUGCAAGCUGGCACUAA